AUGGCAGCACAUUCGACGCCACGUGACUGUAAGGCCGACCUUGCACGACACUCUGAGAUCUCAUUGCUGAAGGAGGAAAUCACCCGCCGUACGGUGCCCGACGUGGCGGCGGUAGUGGGCAGGAGGCCGCUCCAGAAGGGCGUUGAGGUCUGUCGCAACAACGUGCGCUGGCCGGGCCUAGACGGCCACGCCAUCCCCGACCAGUGCACCAGCGCGCACUACCUCUACCAGGUGUCAAACAGAGGCGGCCUGGAUGGCGUCCUUAUCGUCGACGCUUCUGGGGUCGCCGCCCCGCGGGGGUGGAUAGGGGCUAGUGAGAGGGGCGAUGCCGGCACGACGAACCCGUUGAAGCCGCAUAUCCGGUGCUUCUUGGAAGGCCGGGCCCGUAUCGUCGAGGUCCACAACGCCAGAGCGACGGCGCGCUUCGUUGACGCCCUAGAGGGUAGGGCGGUCGCGGGUGGGUCGCACGGCGUGCGGGUCCUUCAUGUUGAGCGGCUCGAGCGUACUGGCCCCCGUCUUGUUCGGCGUGCGGUGCGGGGGAGGCCAGGGGUCUCCUCCCGCUCCUCGUUGGUCAUCAUGGCUCCGUCCGACCACCAUGGCCGACUCGAAGGCAUAUGGGGCAGCCUGGUGUUCCAUGCCGGCGAGAGCAACGAGAGUUUGAGAUUUUCGAGACUUCCGAUGUGGGGCGAGAAUUCCGCUGAGCCAAGAAAGGUCAGGUAGACCCCGACCGGCCAUGAGGGACAGCGCGCUCACAAGUUCGAAGUAGUUUGCACGGGAAAUGUAACGAAGGACCCCAUUAAAUCGAUUGCAUAGCUCGGUGGCGUCUACCCCAACCCCCUGUUCACACUUGGCGUCCAAAGCUUUCCCGCAUUUUUUCUGGGGAGGCUCUCGUCUUCCUGAGACAGCUCUCCAUCCAGCUGGGAGACGUAAGUUGGCAACAGCUGCAUGCACCCUUCCGAGAUGUUCAUCGAUCUCGGGCAGCCCAGUGAUGGAGUCCAUAUUCCGGGGGGGGGUGUUUCGCGCCGUACUGGCCGUUUCGUGGGGAGGUCUAAUUCGGCAAACAUCAAGACCCCUCUCUCCUCACUCAGUCGACUUGAGCUGCUGCUGCUUGAGUUUUUCCUCCCCCCCUUCGUAGUCUUCACCCCACAUUCUAGACUUAUGUGGUUUGGAGCUGUUGGCAAAGCGCUGUAAAACACGCCACCCCAAAUAUAGCCCCCAUAGUAUGCGCUACCAAAGACGCGUGACGCAUGGAUGCGUGGAGUGAAGAUAGCUUACGGAAACCUCACAGGUUGCGUGAUGUAGGAGACUGCCGGACACAGACGUGUUGAGUGAUUAUAGCUGUAUACUGAAACCCCUAGGGUUGAGUGAGGUUUGAGAUUGCCAGACACAUAGACGGGUUGAGUAGGGAUAGCUGCAUACUGAAACCCCACCGGUUGAGUGAUGUUGGAGUGCCGGACACAUAGACGCGUUGAAUGAGGAUAGACACAUAUUGAAACCUCACAGGUGAUUUGUGAUGGAGAUUGCCGGACACGUAGACGCGUUGAGUGAGGACAGCUGCAUACUGAAACCUCACAGAUGGAUUGAUUGCCGGACACAUAGACGCGUUGAGUAAGGAUAGCUGUAUACUGA